AACAAUAACAUCAUAUAAGCUAUAAUUUCAUUUUCUUAGUUUUUGAGUCAAAAUAAUUCUCUCUUCUUCAUUUAUGUCUCUCUUACAAAACGAAUCCUCUAUAUUAUCGAACCAAAGAGUCAGUAUCGAUGCAAUCGAUAAUGCUGAUCAAAUAUGUAAGCUUCCUAACGAUAUGUUGCUCAAGAUCUUAUCAGAAUUGUCCACAGAAGAAGCAAUAAAGACAUGUGUUUUGUCCAAACGAUGGAUGGAUACAUGGAAAGAAAUGUCAAAUCUUUGCUUUGACAUGCGAAAGACCAUCACCAUCAACGGGAUUGUUCUGCCACAAUUAUUAGAUCGUGCCGCUCAACUGAUGACCCAGGUUAUAAACAAUCACAAUGGCCAUUUAGAGACUUGCAUAAUAUUUCAUUACUCUAACCAAUUAGAAGACGGAACGCUUGCUUCUUGGAUCCAAUCACUGACUAGUGUGAAACACACCAAGAAUCUUAUCCUUGCAAAUUUUAAUGGUCACCUCGUACCAACAAUUGAAGCCUAUGUGCUUAAUCUUUCCCCAGAGAUAUUCUACCAUCCAAAGCUAAGAACACUCUCGCUAUAUCAAUACAUAUUACAGGAUGCACAUGCCUUUAACAAUUGUAGGAAUCUCAAGCACCUUGAACUCUUGCAAAUCUUUGCUGAGAUUGGUGUUUUCAACGAAGUCAUCUUGUCUUGCCCCUCCCUGGAGGUUCUUAUCCUACAAAUCUUUUUCUUCAACCCCAGUGGUCAUUUGAAGAUUGAUCAUAAAAAUUUAAGGAUCUUGUCCAUCUCAUGCAACCAAAUUGAUAGCAUUGAAGUGCGUGCAACUCGUCUUGAUAUUCUCUCCAUAGAAAAUAUCCCAUGUGAGAGUGAUAAGGUCGUUCUCGAAAUCCCUAGACUCCCGUUUGGUAGAAACUAUUGGGUAGCAGGAAGGCUCUUUCCUCAUACCAGCAUCAAUAUCUCAUGUCCCCCUCAGAACGAACGCAGUGGGAUGGCGAGGCCUCUCAACAAUGUAACAUUACUUGCAUCUUUAUCUGUGAGUUUAGAUUUGAAGAAUCCUCGAGAAGUCGAGGUGCUAAGGAAAAUGUUAGCUGUGUGGACUGAAAAAAUGAUAGAACUUGAAAUAUCAUUUAAGAAUAACAAUUCUCUUGGGGAAGAAGGCGAAUCUUCUAAAGGUGGAGCAAAUAACAAGCUGUGGGAGAAGGCAGAACCGUUUCCCAAUGCUGAUUUUCGUGUGGAUACUAUAUGGAUGCACAAUUUCAGCGGUUCAAAUAAAGAACAAUUUGCACUAGCGUCGCGUUUUGUGAUGCAGAAGACAGUAAUGAAGAAGAUGAUGAUUAAGACAUCAUUUGACAAAAAGAAGAAGAAAAGGAUAGAAGCGGCAGUUGCCAAGCUAAAGGAACUUCCAAAAGGUAACAAGGAGCUUAGUAUCGAAUGCUUCUAAUGAGAUUUGGUUUGGAUCUAUCUAUAAGAAGUCAUGAGAGUGAAGAUUAAAUAUGGUCUCAACUC